AUGGAGCGGGCCGCCGUCGCAGACAACAAAGAGUUUGUUCUCUGUUUCGAUGGCACCGGAUAUAAAUUCCGCGGAGACGAAGCGGACAGUAAUAUCCUCAAGAUCUACAGAAUGCUGAACCGCAAUGACCCUCGCCAAUUUCAUUAUUAUCAGCCGGGGUUUGGGACGCAUACCACCUCGAUCUGGCAGGUCAGUAAUGCCGGCCAGAAUCGACUAAAGAGAUGGUUUUCGAAUAUGAAGGAUUCUGCGACAGGCACAACAUUUGACGAACAUGUCAUGGACGGUUAUAGGUUCCUCAUGCGCUUUUACAGCCCUGGAGAUGACAUAUACAUUUUUGGUUUUAGCCGUGGAGCGUAUGUUGCUCGCAUGCUUGCGGAAAUGGUAGACCACGUUGGUUUGCUAGAGCCAGGAAAUGAAGGGAAAGUACGUUACGUCUGGACGACCUUCUCGAAGUGGGCAAAAUGUACCAACAGCGUCGACGCUGGCCAGACAGAAAAGGAUGACUUAUAUAAGUACAUGAAAGCCCUACGAGAGACCUUCUGUCGUCCGGUAUCGCAAAUUCGGUUCCUCGGAUUAUUUGACACCGUCAACAGCAUCCCAAGAUUUGAAGUGAAUCGCAAUAAAUUUCUGUUUCCUUUUACGGCAAAAACCUCGGCCAGGGUAAUUCGGCAUGCCGUUUCUAUCGAUGAGCAUCGUGCCAAGUUUCGACAGGAUUUAAUCUCAGAUGCCAACCCUAACAGGCGAUCGACGCGGCGCAAGAUGCCGGAUCAUCCAGAGCAGCAAGCUCGUUGCACAGGAGAGGCGUUCUAUCGACCAGCCCCUGUUGCUCACCCACAAAAAAUGGAAGCAGACCCCCAAAACCCGGCUAGUACGCUCUCAGAAGCUAAGGAUGGGCUCCUUGACGAAAUCCAAAGCCCGCCUCAAGACAUCGAGGAGGUGUGGUUCGCUGGAUGUCAUUCGGAUAUUGGCGGCGGAUUAAAGUUGGAUGACGAUGAAGACCUAGCACUGAGCCAUGUGCCAUUGGUGUGGAUGGUACAGGAGGCGAGGCGUGCGGGGCUUCGAUUUGAUCACGAAAAGAUGAAGCUCUUUCAUUGCUUUGAUGAUUCAGUUGGCUAUAGUGAUCUUCCGGGUCAUCUGGAGCCAACCACCGGAGGCCAAACAAAUGGAGAUUACAGAGGUGAUCCAGGGAACGAAUCCAGCUUUAAAUCCGCACUCCGAAGGGCAUCUACGACCGGACAUGUACAUGACUUCUUACAGUACGACCACGGUGUCUCGUGGCCCACCGUUGUAACGUGGAAAGUAGCGGAGUAUCUUCCGUUUCGGAGAUUGGCAUUGCAACCCGAUGGAUCCUGGAAACCCACUCGGUGGCCUCUUCCCCUUGGGGAGAGACGUGACCUUCCAAAGGAGGCUAAAAUUCACGGGUCAGUUAUUCGCCGUAUGAAGACCAAUCAAGAUUACAGGCCGGAAAAUCUACUCAGAGAUGGUAAGGGGAAGAAUAAGCCACCCUUAGAAUAUGGAAUUGGCGCGUGGGAGGUGCACGCCCAUGAAGGCUGUCCAGUUCGAGAAACAUACCGCCGAAAGUCAAGCGAAACUGUCUAG